UUUAGUCUUGUCAAGAUGGCGGCUCUCUGCUAGGGGUCGUGCUUGUAUUUUGCUUUAUGAAACUCCGUUAAGACAGUGUACAUUUGUAGCUAUGUUCACAAACAUGUCUGUGAGGAGUUUGUUGCGGUUGUCUGGAUGUAUUUUUCGGGAAGCCAACGCGGUCUCUUCAGCUUUGUCUGCGGAGCCACUAACAUGUUCUACGGCUCUACUGUCAGGGCCAAACCUCAGAUGUGGGAGCUUUGCACUACAACCACAAGUGAGACAUUAUGCACGGGCUGCAAAGAAAAGCGUGGCUGCUUCCCCAAGGCAUCUGAGUGACCUUACACCGACAAUGUUAAAGCUGGACUAUGCAACUGUGCCACUCGCUCAAACGACUGAUGAUGUUGUCAAAAGGCUUAUCUCACUUGAGCUCGCAAGUCAUAAAGAAAAGUUAGAGCUAAAAAAAGAGCUGCUUAUUUCAAAGGUCCAGAGGGAUAAAAAUGACCGCAAUUCAGAGGAGGUCAGAGUGGCUAUGUUGACAGCAAGAAUCUGCAACUUUCAAGAUCAUUUGCAAAUACAUCCCAAGGACAAAGCUAACAAAAGGCGCAUGCUAAUGGCCAUAGACAAGAGGAAAAAGAUUUUAAAGAAGCUCAGGCUAAUUCGAUAUGACGCCUUUGAGAAAGUCUGCGAACAGUUGGGCAUCACCUACACCUUUCCACCAGAGUACUACAGACGUGUCACUCGGCGUUGGCUUGCCAAAAAGGCUUUCUGUUUAAAGGUCUUUAAAGAAGUGCAAAAGCAAAAAGCAGAAGAAAAAAACAAGAUGAAGCAAAACAAAGUCACUAAAGAUGCAAACAUUGCAAAAGCCCAGUGAUCAACAUUGAGAUUUUUGUGUAUUGUCUAAUAAUGGGAUUGAAAUAAAACUCUUGUCUGAU